AUGUCAAACUACUACGCCUCGCAACAACCUCAAUACCCCCCCAGCGGCGCACCCGCACCCACCGCCGCCCAAAACCUCCAAUUCUUUCCCUCCCAGUACACUACCAACACCGGCACACCACAGGGCGGUGGAGGCUACGGAUAUGCCAACACAGGCGGCUACGGCGUCGGCGCGCCAGCGCAACAGAGCAACUUUGCGACGCCUGGUUUCGGAGCAGCGCAGCAGGGCGUUAGUGGUAGGAUGGGCGAGCAGGGCGGUUUGAGGACGGGUUGGGUUGCUGCUUUUUCGUCAGAGGGGUAUGAUGGCGAGCCGCCUUUGCUGGAGGAGCUGGGCGUUAACUUUGGACAUAUUCAAGCAAAGACGCUGGCUGUGUUGAACCCCUUUCGACGAAUCGAUGCGCACAUCAUGGACGAUUCCGACCUCGCAGGACCACUCAUCUUCUUCCUCCUCUUCGGCUUCAUCCUCCUCUUCUCAGGCCAAGUCCACUUCGGCUACAUCUACGGCCUCGCCGCUCUAGGCUCUAUUUCUCUUCAUCUAAUCCUCUCUCUCAUGUCGCCCUCCGACGUCGACCCAGGCACACAAGCAGUCAACAAUUUCCCCCAAUACAGCAGCGAUCCCUCCGCACCACCCCAACCGCACGACGGUCAACACGGCGGCCACUUCUCCUCGACGUUGACAUACCCCCGAAGCGCGAGCGUGUUGGGAUACUGCCUUUUGCCUCUUGUAGCGACGAGUUUGUUUGGUAUCGUUAUGCGAAUGGACACACCUAUUGGAAUCGUCGCUACUACUGCGGCUAUCCUUUGGUGCACUUAUAGCGCAAGCGGUAUGUUCUGCGCGGUGGGACAGAUGAAGCGCAUGCGAGGACUAGUCGCGUAUCCUCUUGCUCUGUUCUACGUUGGAUUCGGCAUCAUGGGUAUUUUCAGCAGUCGAGGAAGCGGAACCUUUUCCGGUGCUGCUGCUAAGCUUAACGCUUGA